AUGUCCAUCCGCCCUCUUCCUAAGCACGUCGUGGACAGAAUCCAGUCUUCCUCAGCAAUCACCUCCCUAAAUCAAGUCGUCUGCGGCCUGCUCACCAACUCCCUCGACGCCCGCGCCUCCAAGGUCAACAUCGGCCUCGACUAUGUCCUGGGCAACUGUACAGUCCAAGACAACGGUCUUGGUAUAGACCCAAGUGAAUUUGAACAGGACGGCGGUCUGUGUAAACCACAUCACACGUCAAAGACUCCGCCAAGCCCAAACACCCACGGUAGUCAUGGCAACUUUAUUGCCUCCCUCGCCACCUUUUCGCUCCUGACCGUUACGUCGCAUCAUCAAAGCCACCCUUUUCAAGCAUCUCUUUCCGUUCACAAUGGCAAAAUCCUUGCUCGCCAUGUUCCAGCCCCAGCCGCCCAGCGGUUCGAGGUAUAUAGCCGCGGAACCAGCAUAGCCAUCCGCAAUCUAUUUGGAUCAAUGCCCGUGAGGGUAAAGCAACGAAGUCUUUUCUUCUCUGACCGCGUCCGGCUUGACAGAGAAUGGGAGUCUCUCAUGCGUGACAUUGCCGGACUGCUGUUGGCAUGGCCAACCGAGGUGUCUGUGUCACUGAGAGAAGCAACUACAAAACGGGAACUGCGCUUAAAAUCGGGCAACGAUGACUUCGUGUCAAGAAUUUCACGGCUAUUUACACAGUCGGGCCUGGCCGGAAACGAAGACGCCCGCUCAUGGGUACCCGUAUCAGCAUCGUGUCGACGUGUCCGUAUCAGAGGAGCCAUCUCAACAAACCCAGUCGCAACCCGUCGGUCACAGAUAAUGACCCUCGGCAUUCGACCGAUACCCAACAGCUUCGGAACCAAUCUUCUUUACGAGGAGGCCAACAAGCUUUUCAGAGGUUCCAACUUUGGUGUGCUUGAUGCUGAUGAGAAGAUUGGUGAUGUCCAGGGGAAGCCUAGAAAAGGCAUUGAAAAGUGGCCAAUGUUCUAUCUGGAGAUACAGCUGCUCGAAGACCAUGAAUAUCUGGACAUGGAGAAUAUCCUGGGGGACUCGAAACAUAGCCUGCAGGCAAUAGUCGACCUGAUGAAAGUGGUCUGCUACGGGUUUCUGAAGAAGCAUUUCCUACAGCCCAAGCAAAUCCCACGAAUUGCCAAGGAGCCAACCACUAGAAGGACCAGGCGUUCCCCGAGAUACCUUGCCGGGCAGUCAACCUCCGCAUUCAAAAGCUCUUCUCGGCCAUCGCCUGUCCCAGCUGCAGAGCCGGAAGUCCGACGAGCAUGCAGCCCAUUUGAUGGAUGGAAUCGACUCAAAAUCGGGCGGGCUGUAACUGAAUCCAAAUCUGUCCAUCAGUCCGCUGAGACUUCUGCCACCUUUAACGAGCCUACAACUCGCUGUCUUUUAGGUGACAAUGGUGCCCUGCUGCAAAGGCCAUUCAAUGAUGCUGUCGAGAUUGAACCGCUCGUUCAGACACAGCAUACCAGCGAGCUCCAGGUCAUCGACGGGGAAGCUACAGGCGGGAACAAGUCCAAGGCCAUUGCAGUGGAGAGCGAGGCCAUUCCAUCAACACCAAAGACGGCAUUGACAACGCAAGCUCAACAGCAUCCAGAGAGCCGACCAAAAGACCGGCCCCAGGAAUGGCUGCAAAACAUCAUACGCUCAUGGAAGAAUCCUGUCUUUGAGCCAACGGAGCCCCGGAUACCAUCCCUUGAUCAAGGCACUUGCGUAGAGCGGCCAGCUAAUGCAAAGUACGAUGGGCCAUCCAGCAAAUUUUACUCCCAGGAACACGAAGUACAGUUUGAAGCAGCUGCGACGUCCUUGAAGGGACGACUAUCUCGAACUGCAUUGGCCAAAGCUGAGGUCAUUGGCCAAGUUGACAGGAAGUUUCUCCUUCUUCGGCUAUCUCUGCAUGAAACGAGGGCGGCACAAUUGGCAGAACCAUUAUCGGCACUUCUCAUGCUGGAUCAACACACGGCAGAUGAGCGGUGUCGUCUCGAGGAGCUAAUGUCUCAAUACUUCGAGGGUAGUCCUCUCCGGGCUGUGACGGAAUUUCUGGAGAAGCCAAUUGUAUUUGAGGUUUCAGUCAGAGAACUUGAGCUCUUGGACCGAUUUCGAUGCCACUUUUGUGCAUGGGGCAUCAUGUAUGCCACGCACAAGACAAGCAGCAAGAACAAACCUAAGAUUGGGAUAAAGUCUCUUCCACCAAGCAUUCUGGAAAGGUGCCGUACCGAACCAAAGCUCGCUAUUGACCUGUUAAGAAAAGAAAUCUGGAAACUUGAGGACAGAGCUAUACCCUUUCCCCCGGUCUAUGAGCCGGGCAGACUAUGGGCUUCUAGUUUCCACAACUGUCCUCAAGGUGCCAUAAUGUUUAACGAUGAGCUCAGCAUGGACGAAUGCAAGCAGGUAGUGAAACGACUAUCACAAUGUGCCUUUCCAUUUCAGUGUGCGCACGGCCGUCCCAGCUUGGUGCCGCUGGUCGAUAUUGGACUAGGUGGUAGAGUAGGGGGUUGGAGAGAGUCGAGUUUGAGUGUUGGCCGGUGGGAGAAUUGGCUCGGGGAGUGA